AUGAACCUUGAUGGGCCAGGGUGUUCAAACACCUUGAAAUUCACUCAAGAUUCCAAAGAAUCCAGUACGCAGGCGCCCAGGCUCAGCUCGGUUUCUAAGCCAGUAAUGAAGAAUUCUGGCUUGAAACUGACAAAGACAAAGACACCAAAUUCGCAGAAGAAGUUAAAACAGAGGAGAAAUUUGUAUUCAAGGAUUAAGGUGUCAAGGACUCCGGAUUAUAUGGAUACAGGUGAUGAAAAGUGGAAGAGGAAUUAG